AUGGCGCCAGGCCAGAGUCGCAGUGUGUUCGUGGGUAACAUCCCAUUCAACCUAAGCGAGGAAAAUAUCGUCAAGAUCCUGAGCUAUGCGGGGACUGUGGUCAAAUUCAGGCUCAUGACGAACCCAGAGACCGGCAAAUCCAAAGGCUUUGGCUUCGCAGACUUUCAAGAUGCAGACUCAGCAGCCAACGCGGUGCGAAAUCUGAACGACUUCGAGAUCGACGGGCGCAAGAUCAGGGUGGACUGGCCUCACAAUAACGAAAAAGAUUCGGUCCCUACCAACUAUGACCAGACGAAUGCUCCAGGCGGUGACGGAAUGCAGGCUUCUGGUGCAGGCGCACUUCCUCCUCUCCCAACUGGCGUUGACCUGCCUCCCAAUCUCAGAUGCACAGAUGCCAUUUCGCAGACGCUCUCCACCCUCCCACCGCCACAGUUACUCGAUGUCCUUACACAAAUGAAAGCAUUAGCCAUCUCCGACCCCGCGAAAGCAACGUCGCUUCUGAAAGCCGCACCGCAAUUAUCCUUUGCCAUAUUCCAAGCUCUCAUCCUCAUGAAUCUGGUCGAUCCCAAAGUGCUGGCACAAGUGGUUGAUCAGGCUGCAAGACCGCCUCAGCCAGCGAACAUACCUCCUCCACAACCCACCCCUCAGCAGUAUCCUGGAUAUCCUGUCAUUCCUGGACAAAUGCCUCCUAGAGCAGCUCAGCCAUACGCGCCCACACCGACACAACAACCACAGCCACCGGCCCCUCAGCCUGCUUUGGCUCAGCAAGAGAUGAUUCAACAAGUAUUGGCGAUGGAUCAACGAACAAUUGACUCGUUCCCCCCCACCGAGAGGGCACAGAUCAUGCAGAUCAGAGCGCAAAUGGGGGUCAGAUGA